AUGCAUUUACUUGCAUCUGUAAAGUACGACACAUAUUUGACCAAGAUCGGUUCAAAGCCAGCUCCAAUGCUCGCUCGUGACAUUACCGGAAAUCCGCUUACUUUGUACAACAAUAACUGGGCAAAGGAGUGGAAGAUGUCGAACAAUUACAGAAUUUUCAACAAGUUUACAGACGAGGAAUUAUUCGAUAUUAUUGAACCCAAACAUCUUGGGGAAUCCUUGUCGUCCAAUGGAGCCAAUGCGCGUGAAGGAAUAGCGAAGAGUGUUUCUAAAGUGUUUGGCAAUUUGUGGGGAACAAGUCCUACGGGCACAACUCAAGCAUCUCGUAGCCCAACCCCUAAAAACGAGGACAAUACGUCCAUUACAGGUGAAACAUCAGAUGGUAGUGACUCCAAGUCGCUAGCUGAAUCAGUAGAGACAACCAGCCAUAAGUCGCAAAAGUCAAUGAGCAGUACAGUGUCUUCUACGGCCGAACAGCCCAGUCAGGAAGGAUAUUUCGCUGGAUUAGCAAGAUGGGCGGCAAGACGUAGGCAAAAGGUAACUUCACCACAACCAAAUGAACGUGCUGAGAGCAUAGUUGAAGAACAGUCUACAGCUGAGGAUGAGAGUGUUUCAACUCCAACUGAUGCCACUGCUACUACUUCAGAUCCUUCCCUGGAAACUGGUACUACCAACCAGAGUACUAAUGAUAGAAAUGCAUAA